CCAAAACUCCAGUUCACGUGGUGUAGAAAGCCAUAUGUUAAAAGCAUCGUCUUUGAUAUAUCUUUUUUACACACACGAACCUGUCUUUGGCGUCUAGCCUUGAGAAACUAUUAUGCGUUACUUAACCGGUGUUUUAGUCUUAUUACAGGUCCUGUCAAAAAGAAGCUUCGCCAUAGAAAAGGUGCCUGGGCCGCUCACGCAGUAUGUCAAUGUCUUUACGGGUACAGCGCAGAACGACAACCCAGGCAAUGUAUUUGCCGGUGCAGCAGUCCCAUUUGCAAUGGCGAAGGUGGGUAUUAACGUAGCGGGGUAUGCGCCGGCUGGGUACGUGUCUGAAUCGACUGAGCUAAUGCGUGGGGUGUCACCAUUGCAUGACUCCGGCACUGGAAGCUCAGCAGGCAGCUAUGGCAACUUUCCCAUCAUGCCUGUGGUAUGCAGAACCUUCACCGACUGCCCUGCGCUGGAACUGCAGCGGUCUUUGCGCCGAAUAGGCGACGGCCAAAACGACACAGGUUUCCCUGGCUAUUUUAGCACGUCACUCGAAAGUGGUGUACGGAUUGAACUGGCAUCCACCCAGGCAGCUUCGCUAGAGAAAUAUGUUUUCCCGCAGGAUACCGCGCCGACGCUGGUACUAGACUGGGUUGGCGACUCAGCGAAAACCUUUCUAUACGGCGAGAUGCGGGUGAACUGGAGCCAGCAGCGGCUCGUGAUGAACGGCACGUGGCGUAGCAGUUUUGGUCCCAGCCACUUUGCAUACACAGCUUUCCAAUGUGUCGAUUUGGCCCUCACUAAGACCGCAACGGAGCAUGCCUUCUAUGGGGGGAACGACGAGGGGUGGGAAUCUCGUCGCUCCGAUCUUGACAGCUGGAGUCUGGCACACAUUGACGAGCGCCUGAACAGGGUCGAUUUCAAGCCGGACACGCAGGCCGGCGCUAUCGUGCGGUACAUGUACAGCGAGAGUGGCGAUGAAAAUUUCGUUUUCGUGCGCCGUGGAGUAUCGUUUAAGUCGCCAGAGCGCGCGUGUGAGAAUAUGGAACGAGAAAUCCCCGAGCCUAACUUUGAUGAGGUUGUCGCAGCAAGCAACGCCGAGUGGGAAAGGAAACUAGGUCGUAUAGUCCUGUCCGCCGACACAAACGAUACUAUCAAAAGGCUCUUCUACACUUCUUUCUACAGGACCUUCUUGUCACCCAAUAAUGCCACAACCAACGCUCCGCCGCCAUACUCCAACUCCUCACACCCUUAUUUUGAUGGCCUAUAUUGCAGCUGGGACACGUACCGAACACUAUUUCCACUGAUGGCCCUAACAUCACCGCGAGAGAUGGCUCAAAUUGUCGAUACAUACGUUGAUGGAUGGCGCCGGGAGGGGUGGCUGCCCGAAUGCCGGGCUAAUAAUGUUUAUGGCUGGGUUCAAGGCGGCAAUAACGCCGUUCCAAUCGUUGCCGACUUCGUCGUCAAGUACGCGGCACAUGCAGGCAUUUUGAAUGUCUGCCUCGACGACUUCUGGGAUGCGUUGGCGCAUGACGUGAACGAGGCGCCCCCCAAUUGGGAUCACACGGGCCGUCGCGUUGAGUCCUACAACAAGAUCGGCUACGUCGCCUGGGACUUCCUGGAUACCAUCUCUACGGGUCAAAGGACGCGCGAGGCAAGCCGCGGGCUUGAGUAUGCGUUUGGAGACUUCACUGCUGCCAUGGCAGCCCGAGCGCUGGGCCAGCCUGAGUCUGUCUCCAAUGCCCUCCUCAAUCGCAGCCUGUCAUACCGCGCAAACUUCAACCCGGAUCUGCAAUCCGAUGGUUUUUCCAACUUUGUAGCUCGCCGUCGUUUCAAUGGCACUUUCCUACCGUCAGACCCGACGGAUUGCUCUCCACUCGACAAAUAUCAGACACGAACAUGCAGCACACAGAACACUAACACGUAUGGUGUGUACGAGAGUUCCAGUUGGGAAUACAGCUUUUAUGCACCACACGACGUGAGAGGAUUGAUUACUCUGCUUGGGGGCAACUCAACAUUUGAAGAACGCUUACACCACUUUUUUGACGCGGGCUACUACCUCCCGGGCAAUGAGCCCAGCUUCCAAACGCCGACUCUCUUUCAUCACGUUGGGAAACCUGCCGAGUCGAUCCAGCAAGUACGCCGCGUCGUCUAUGACAAUUUCAACAUCAGCCGAAACGGGCUUCCGGGUAACGAUGAUAACGCUGCUAUGGCAAGUCUUCUGGUCUGGUAUAUGCUGGGCUUCUAUCCUGUGCCCGGCUCGGGCGAAAUGCUGGUGCUGUCACCAUUCAUGCCUCAGUACGAGGUAAAAAAUGAAGUGCUUGGAAGUGUUGUUGUUAAAGCUACAGGCUUUGAUCCAGCUAGCCUAGCACGUGACAUACCUGCAAACGCCCGUGCCUUUGUAGAUACCGUUAAGCUUGACGGCGUAUCUAUGGGACGCUGUCGUAUAUCAUUCAAUCAGUUUUUUGCUGCUAAGGAAGUUGAGUUUGUAAUGACGGGAUCUAAGAAGGAUGGCUGUGAUGGUCAGGAGCCAAGCAGCGUUAGUGCCGGAGGUUUUCCCCUAUAA